GCAGCCAUGGAUGGGGACGGCGCGUACGAGCCGGGCUUCGUGGGGAUUCGGUUCUGCCAGGAAUGUAACAACAUGCUGUACCCCAAGGAGGACAAGGAGAACCGGAUCCUGCUCUACGCUUGCAGGAACUGUGAUUACCAGCAGGAGGCCGACAACAGCUGCAUCUACGUCAACAAGAUCACACAUGAAGUGGACGAGCUGACCCAGAUCAUCGCUGACGUGUCCCAGGAUCCGACCCUGCCCCGCACCGAGGAUCACCCGUGCCAGAAGUGUGGGCACAAGGAGGCCGUGUUCUUCCAGUCCCACAGCGCCCGUGCUGAGGAUGCCAUGAGGUUGUACUACGUGUGCACGGCCCCGCACUGCGGGCACCGCUGGACGGAGUGA